GCUUUAAGCUGUCACUUUGCUUACGUUUAGACCUUACGAACAGAAAUUUUAAAAUUUUAGAGUAUUUGCAGAUUGUUAAUGUGUCGAGGAUGCCCGUCGCUGUUCGCUUGGUGGAAGCCUUGGCCAUAGUCACGCUAAUGGCCCUCAUCACUUGUGUCUCUCUCGGCGUAGUCAUUGCUCAGCGGACGUUAAGCCUCACCAUAACAUUCAUAGAGCCAGCAGCAAAUAUACUUGACGUAGUUCUGAUCAUGGCAGAGAAGAUGUUUAUCGGGGCCUUGGUUUCCACGGUUGCCCUAAUUAACACCGUUUGCGGUGCCUUGCAUAUGAUUGGAUUUGCCUGAAGAAUUGAGUUAUACAUUGUCUUGGCUUGUCAUUACUGUGCAUUAAAUAUACUUCCUGUCAAGAUACUGUUUAAAUCAAAUCUUAA